AUUGAACGCCUCUUAUAUAUCUGCAGAAAACGAACUCAUUAAUCGUACUUUCGUAAAAGUAAUGGAGUAGUAAUGUAAAUAUUUGUCAAAUGAGUAUGAAAGCCGCUCCGACCACCUGACUUUAGGGUUUACUCAGCAAUGACAGAGAUUCUACGCAGAAUCCACGGUGGCUUCCUAAAAGUGGCCCUGUUCCCCAGCACCUUUGGGAGUAAAGCGCCUCGUCCUGCCGCCUCUGAAGUACUAACAUGUCACCUCACUCAUCGCGUGCUCCCGCCCUGGACUUCAUUCUGCGUGUGCUACAGGAAUGUCAUCAACGACCAGUUCGGUCUGUCCAACUUCAACUGGCAGGUGCAGGGAGCAAACUACCACAUCCUCAGGACCGGUGCUUUCCCUUUUAUUAAAUACCACUGCACCAAAGCACCUCCACAGAACCUGGAGUUUGAAAAUAAGUUUUUUGGUGCAUUGAAAGUCAUCAACCUAGGUAUACUAUGCUUGGCAUAUGGCUUGGGUUCAUGGAUGGUAGUUGGAGUGACAGAGACGGUUCAGACCUCUUCAGGAGCUGUUACCGUUUACUUUGCAUACAAGGAGGUGGAGGGUGCUCAGUUCUAAUAUCAGAGACAAUGAGUAUUUCAAAAGGAGGACUUGAGUUUCACAGGCAAAUAUUCGUCACAGAAUCUCUGAAAACUUAUGCGCAUGGCAGGCCCGGCGCCAGGACACACGACCUGGGGGGGGGGUU